AUGUCGUGGAUGCGUACUUCGGGAUCCAGAUCGCAAUCGACCGUGAUUUCUAAACAGUAUACCGAUUUGGCAUCUCGACUGCUACCUCUCGGCUUCCAAGAUCUUGAGAAAGAGGUCUAUAAUCCUGACGGUCUUGAAGCGCCCAAUCUCGCAAAGUUGUCGACCACUACAACAACGUCAACUGCUGCAGUGGGAACAAUAUUAGACUACCAGGUCAUGAUCCGCAGAGGUAUGUGGACAUGCAGAAGAGAGUUUGAGCGCCAUGGUCGACCGAGUCGGAGGAGAAUCUUAGGAGAUAUCUCUAUAGUCCCUGUUCUCCAGCACGUUCAUACGUUGGCUCACCAUGUACACUCUCAUGGCACAACAAAACGGAGCUGUACUUACGAGCGCACGAUCGAAACAUUGCAGGACACGGCGAUCCUGUACAACGCGAGCAACGGCAUCCCCCUGCCUUCUGGCAUUAUGACUGGCGGCAAUGGGAACCAAGGUUUUACAAGGUUGGAGGCUGACGGGAGCUUGAUACUUAGGGACAAUUACCAUACGCUACUGGGCAUCUUCGAUACCCAGAAUGCUGAUGGCUGGCUCAGCGCCGAUGUUCCUCAAGAGGACAAAUCUGGUGACAGUAGUAUGAGGUCCGCCGAUAGCAGUGGCGAAGUAAUGGCCGACAUGAUGUUGAGUCCAACGAAAAGCGAAUCUAAGGUGGCGCCGACAUCAGGCGACACACGAGCACCUACUUCCAGUCCCUCUGCGGAGCUUGGUAUUGGCGCUAAAGCAGGUAUCGGGACCGGUGUAGGCGUGGUCGGAACUAUCACUAUCGUCGGUGCUGGCCUGUUCCAUUUUCGAAGGCGAAAGAGCAAGGGAAGAAAUCAUCCUACUUCAAUGGCGGCGGCGACGUCGAGGAACGAUGAUUCAGAUGGGACGGGUAUCUUGUACAAUUUCGAUGAGGCCGAACUGGCAACUGGUCCAGAUGUAGAGGCUCAACCGCCUGCUGAACUGCCUGACAAGUCGUUUCGAACGCCGGUCGAGGUCGCUUGGAACGAGUAUCCUGGCAUGGGGGUACCUGCUGAACUACCGGUCAACGAGCCAGCUGUAGAAAUCGGGACUGCGAAGCCACUGGAACGACAAUUCGGGCGUCUAUAGGAACAUACGAGG